CUUGCAUAUUCAUUGUUUAUACCUCAGUAUAAAUCUGGCAAUGUCUUUGCACUGAGAGAACACAAAACCCUAAAAAAGCUCAGCAAUGGCCACCCAGCUCCACCUCCUGCAUCCCCUCCAUUCUCUUCCACGCCCUCUCAAAACCUUAAAACCAAAAACCAUAUACAUCCACAAGCCGAAACUGAGCGCCAUCGCGACUGCUAAGCUGCGGGUGGCAGUGAUUGGUGGCGGCCCGGCGGGGUCUUCAGCGGCGGAAGCUAUGGCGGCGGGAGGUGUAGAAACAUUUCUCUUUGAGCGUAGCCCUGCCACGGCUAAGCCUUGCGGCGGCGCCAUUCCACUCUGCAUGCUGGAAGAGUUCUCCAUCCCCACCGCCCUCAUUGAUCGCCGAGUCACACAGAUGCGAAUCGUCUCCCCGUCGAACCUCGUCGUCGACUUCGGGAAAACUCUCAAGCAGGAUGAGUUCAUCGCCAUGCUCCGCCGCGAAGUUCUCGAUUCCUUCCUCCGCAACCGCGCCGAGUCCAGCGGCGCCAUCCUCGUCAAGGCGCUCGUAACGAAACUCGAGGUCCCUACAUCAAAAACGGAGCCUUACGUCAUCCAUUACACCAUUGACAACACGCAGAAAACCCUAGCAGUCGACGCCAUAGUGGGCGCCGACGGAGCCAACAGCCGAGUGGCCAAGUCGAUCAAAGCCGGAGACUACGCUUGCGCCAUAGCCUUCCAAGAGAGAAUCCGACUCCCCGAUGAGAAAAUGGAGUAUUACGAAAACCUGGCGGAGAUGUACGUCGGAAACGACGUAUCCCCGGAUUUCUACGCCUGGGUGUUCCCGAAAUGCGAUCACGUCGCAGUCGGGACAGGGACAAUCUGCUCAAAACCAAACAUCAAAGCAUUCCAACACGGCAUCAGAGCUAGAGCCCGAACCAAGAUCGAGGGCGGAAGAGUGAUCAAAGUAGAGGCUCACCCAAUUCCAGAACACCCCCGUCCGGUGAGGAUCCGAGGGCGAGUUGCUCUGGUGGGGGACGCAGCGGGGUACGUGACAAAAUGCUCCGGCGAAGGGAUAUAUUUCGCGGCCAAGAGCGGAAGAAUGUGCGGCGAAGCAAUCGUGAAGGCGUCGGAGGGCGGGGAGAGGAUGAUCAACGAAGGGGAUUUGAAGAGGGAGUAUUUGAAGAAGUGGGAUGACAAAUACUUCACAACUUUCAAGUUCUUGGACUUGUUACAGAAGGUUUUCUAUGGCAGCAAUGCAGCCAAGGAGGCAUUGGUGGAGCUGUGUGGAGAUGAGUAUGUUCAGAGGAUGACAUUUGAGAGCUAUUUGUACAAGAAAUUGUCUGAUGGGAAUAGAUGGGAAGAUGCCAAAAUGUUAGCCAACACAAUUGGGAGUUUGAUCAGGUGUAAUUUUGUGGGGAAGCAAAUGGAAGCAAAUCAAACAAAACUUCUUACACAACUAUAGUUUAGUAGCAAGCUACAUCUCUUUUCUUGUCUUUUGUCCUGCAACAAUAAACUUUAGUUCAAAUCUAAACAGUCAAUGUAUCAAAAACAAUAUCAUUUGGCAACAA